UUGAUCAAGCAGUUCAGUCCGAUCUGCUGACCUGACCUGUGCGUGAUCGAACUUAUUGUGUACUUAGUGUGUGAAAAGUGGUAAUUGAUUUGUUCAACUUUGGGCAAAUUUAGCUGUGGUGCUAAUUUUUGAUUAUCGAAAGAUUAAGUGUACUGUGCCUGGCAAGAGAGCAGCGAAGCAAAAGCCAUCUCGAGGCAUUUUGCCUUGAGAAGAGAAGUCAAGAUCAAAAAACGAUGUGGCGGGUCACGUGACUUGUUGUGCUUGUUGUGUUCCGCCCCAAGUAAUUUGUUGAUUUAUGGACAUUUGCUUACAACAAACAAACAAAAUUGCUGUGACAGUUUUAUUUUCAAAAAAGAAUAAAAAUGCGAAUUCCAGGUGGGGAAAGUUCCGCUGUCACCAGCACCAUGGGGGCCAUGUUCCGGAGCGAGGAGAUGGCACUUUGCCAGAUGUUCAUCCAACCCGAGGCCGCCUACACGUCAGUCUCCGAGCUGGGUGAGACCGGCGCCGUACAGUUCCGCGAUCUUAAUGCCGAGGUUAAUGCGUUCCAGCGCAAGUUUGUGAGUGAAGUUCGCCGUUGCGAUGAAAUGGAACGCAAACUGCGCUACGUGGAGGCUGAGGUGAAAAAGGACAAUGUCAAGAUACCGGACAUUUACGAAGAGCUGCCACGUGCGCCAAAUCCUCGAGAGAUCAUCGACUUGGAGGCACAUUUGGAGAAAACAGAAAGCGAAAUCAUGGAGCUGUCCCAGAACGCGGUCAACCUAAAGUCCAACUACUUGGAGCUGACGGAGCUGAAACACGUGCUCGAGCGCACGCAAGGCUUCUUCUUCGAGCAGGAGGGUUCCGGAGACACGUUCCGGAACAACAUCAUCGACGAUCCUUCCAACAUACAAACCCGUGGUCGUCUCGGGUUUGUUGCCGGUGUAAUCCAACGCGAAAAAGUUCCUGGAUUCGAGCGCAUGUUGUGGAGAAUUUCUCGUGGUAACGUAUUUUUGCGCCAGGCUGAGCUCGAGAAGCCGCUGGAGGAUCCCUCGACGGGUAACCAAAUCUACAAAACCGUAUUCGCUGCCUUUUUCCAAGGUGAGCAGCUAAAGACAAGAAUCAAGAAGGUUUGCACCGGUUAUCAUGCCAGCCUUUAUCCAUGUCCAAGUGCCGCCGAUGAGCGUGAAGAGAUGCUAAAGGGCGUUAAAACUCGACUUGAAGAUCUGAGCAUGGUUUUGAAUCAAACCCAGGAUCAUCGCUCGCGAGUUUUAUCGACAGUGGCAAAAGAGUUGCCGCGUUGGCGUAUAAUGGUGAAGAAAAUGAAGGCGAUUUAUCACACGUUGAACUUUUUCAAUAUGGAUGUAACGAAGAAAUGUUUAAUUGGCGAGUGUUGGGUUCCCGUCUUAGAUCUUCCAUUGAUCCAGAAAGCAUUGUCGGACGGUUCGGCAGCAGUCGGAAGUACCAUACCAUCGUUUUUGAAUGUAAUUGAAACAAGUGAGGCCCCACCGACGUUUAAUCGUACGAACAAGUUUACCCGUGGCUUCCAGAAUCUAAUCGAUGCCUACGGUAUUGCAUCUUACCGCGAGGCCAAUCCGGCUUUGUACACGAUUAUAACGUUCCCAUUCUUGUUCGGUAUUAUGUUUGGAGACUUGGGUCAUGGAAUGAUCAUGGCUGCGUUCGGAUUGUGGAUGGUAACCAACGAGAGGAAGUUGAGCGCUAAGAGAUCUACCAACGAAAUCUGGAACAUCUUCUUCGGAGGUCGUUACAUUAUAUUGCUGAUGGGCCUUUUCUCAAUGUACACCGGCUUUGUUUACAACGAUAUCUUCUCCAAGUCAAUGAAUAUUUUCGGAAGCUCGUGGAAAAUCCAGUACAACACAUCGACAGUGAUGACCAACAAGGAACUUCAGAUGAAUCCUGGAUCGAACGAUUUGAACGAGAGUCCUUACCCUGUUGGAUUGGAUCCAGUUUGGCAAUUGGCUUCCAACAAGAUCAUCUUCCUCAAUUCUUACAAAAUGAAACUAUCGAUCAUUUUCGGCGUCAUUCACAUGAUUUUCGGUGUUUGCAUGAGCGUUGUCAACUUUAACUUUUUCAAGAGGCGCAUCAGUAUUGUUCUGGAGUUCCUGCCACAGAUAAUCUUCCUAGUAUUGCUGUUUGCGUACAUGGUUUUCAUGAUGUUCAUGAAGUGGUUGCAAUACACCGCCAAAACUGACUUCCAACCUCAUUCACCUGGUUGUGCUCCAUCCGUACUUAUCAUGUUUAUCAAUAUGAUGCUCUUCAAAGAAUCCGAACCCCUGCACGGCUGCGAUGAGUACAUGUUUGUGGCUCAACCGACGGUGCAACGUACUUUUGUAUUUAUUGCUCUCCUCUGUAUUCCGUGGAUGCUACUGGGAAAGCCAUUCUAUAUCAUGUUCAGCCGAAAGAACAAGGCCGCAGCUGCCCACCAGAAUGGUGGCAUCAACCAACAAAUGGAAUCCUCCACGGAACUGGCCGACUCUCCAGCCGCAGGAGGACACGGACAUGACGAUGAACCAUUGAGUGAAAUCUUCAUCCAUCAGGCUAUCCACACCAUCGAGUACACGCUUAGCACCGUGUCUCAUACUGCCUCUUAUCUGCGUCUCUGGGCCUUGUCACUGGCUCAUGCUCAACUUUCGGAAGUGUUGUGGAACAUGGUGCUAUCCAUGGGACUACAGCAGACGUCGUACGUCGGUUCAAUCAUGCUGUUUUUCGUGUUCGGUGCGUGGGCCCUGUUCACGUUGGCGAUCCUGGUCAUGAUGGAGGGUCUGUCUGCGUUCCUGCACACCCUGCGUCUCCAUUGGGUCGAAUUUAUGAGCAAAUUCUACGAAGGAUUGGGCUACGGUUUCCAGCCGUUUUCAUUCAAAUUGAUUCUUGAAAAUGAUGAAGACGUUGAAUAAAUGUCACGUUUCAUCCAUCCAUUCUUGCCGCCGUUUCGCCGUUUUAAUCGUGAUUGAUCAGUAUUUAUAAAUGUUUUUUAUUUGGAUUCAAAAGUGCAUGUUUAAAAAAUCCUAAUAAUUCAAAAUAGUUUGUUUCUGUGGCUAUAUUGACUGGCCCCUUAAGUUAUAUUCUUAGAUGUUUUUUUGUGAAAGUAAAUGUUUCCAAUGUAAAAUGAUUCAAGUAUCUACAAAUUUAAUAAAAAAAGCAUGCACAAAA